AUGGCUCAGCUACUCUCUCUCUCUCCUGCGAGCACGAGCUGUGGCGGCGUCGUGAGGGGAGACGAUGGCCGCUUUAUAAAAGCAUUCACAGCGAACCUAGGAGGGGGUUCGAUCACUCGUGCUGAGCUGGCUGGGAUUGCUCAUGGGUUGAGAUUCGCUUGGGAAGAGGGGAUCAGGAAGGUUGUUCUACAGACAGACUCUUGCACUGCCCGGACGUUGAUCGAGAAAGCGACUCCGCAGCAUCCUCAUUACUCCUGCGUCGCAGAGAUCCGCCAAUGGUUAGCUCGGCAUUGGCUUGUCAGGAUAGAGCAUGUUUUCAGAGAAGCGAAUUUCGUGGCUGACCACCUCGCUUCCAUUGGCCAUUCUGUUCCUAUAGGGGUUCAUGCGAUUCAUAACCCGAGUAACACUCUUCUAUAUUGGCUGUACUUUGAUACUCUGGGGAUUCAAACGCCCCGUUUUGUCAGUUCUUAA